AUGAUUACAUUAGCCGUGUGUGUUAUGGCAGUUGUCAUUAGCCAUGUAGCAGGAGAUUGUCCGUGCCAGCAGCCCCCAGCGCCACAUCAUUCGAUUCACUAUGAACCGCGCUACCCAUCACAUCGAGCGGAAGAAGCUACUUUCGCUGGUCCGGAUCCUGUCCACAUUGCAGAUGAAAUCACAGAUGAUUACGACUCAGAUGAUGCUCUACCGAAGACUAUCUGUAUUCAGCUACCACCCGGAACUCCUCUAGGACUGUCAAGGAGUAUUCUCCAAAGAUUCGUCUACGCAUUGGCUGAUACAAGAAACUCCAGGAGAACCGUGGUCACCCCAGUCCGAUCAAUUUAUCAGAUUCUGGCAACGCCACACCAACCACCGUCCGUCGUCGGUCAGCCUCAGCCUCCGGUAUGUCAUUCGCCACCUGAAUACUCACAACAGUUGACAUACCCGGAUGGGCCAGUCUACCCACCAGGACCCUAUGCGCCAGUAAAUACAGGACCGGCAGCAUUUCCAGGCUCACCUUACUCAUCAGUUCCUACAGGACCUCAGCCCUAUGCGCCAGUUUCAGCCGGAUCGCCAUACCCGUCCGCUUCUCUAGGGUCCAUAGCACCACAACCCUCUGCGCCAGUAUCUCCAGGAUCAACUUUCCCAUCGGUGGAUGUUCCUUAUUCUGAAUCAACAUAUGCUGCUAAUCAGAUUCCGCGGUAUCCAGCGAAUGAUCCACAAAAUUUCCAAUCAACUCCUUACGGGUCCCCGAAUAAACCCAGCAGGGGAUAUUGUUACAGUGGUGGCUGUGUAAAGCCCUACGGUAAUUCAUAA